AUGACUGGUCAAGAGAACCCCAGCGAAACCUGGGAUGAAGUCAGAGAACAAUUGAAAAAGAAGAUUCUUUUUCCAGGUGAAGAAAUACAAUAUACUCCUGAUCAUACUUUUUACAAGAACGUUCAUUACAUGCUAUGUCAUCGACAAUCGGUAUCGAAAGAGUCCAAAGUCAGAGUUUGUUUAACCAAUUUUCGACUAAUUAUAAUUGAAGGAAGUCUCGAAGAUAAGAUACGGACUGCUUCUGGGGUGAGAAAUGUUAACGAUGGAGUAUACUUUUUCGAUGAUAUUGUUCUUAAAAAUAUAGAGAAAAUAAAGUAUACCUUGGAUAAACGUUGUCAAGAAAGGCAUACAGUCACCAAUAAUGCACUGCCAACUUCAGGAGGCAUUACUAGUUUACAAGUCUAUUGUAGGAACUUUACCCUACUAGAUAUCCGUGCUAGAAGAAAUGAUCAGACAUUGGGUGAUAAAUCGCUCGUAUCACGAUUGAAAUCGUUUCGAUUAUUACCGAGAAGGUCACAAGCUAACUCUGUUUCAUAUGAAGAGUUAAAGAAGAUGUUACGUUAUUUGAUUGGUUGCAAACAUACCGAAUUUUACACAAAAUAUGCUAACAGUAUGGAAGGUUUAGCAAAGACUGGUGGUGUACCAUCUUACCGUAAAAUAAGUGACUAUGAGAGUGAACUUGACCAUUUGAAGACACCAAAAAUAUGGUGCAUUAACGAAGAUGCCAAUAGGGGAUUUAAAUAUCAAAGUCUACCUGAAAUACUGCUUUGUCCAAAUGAUGCUGUAUCCAAGAAGUUAGAUCUAAACAUGCUUCUGGCAGCCUACAGGGAAAAGCGUUAUCCCGUACCUUGCUGGUAUUACCAAACUAAUGAUGUUUAUUUAUUAAGAUCGGCAUCCGAGGAUCAUGGCCUUAGAGAGAAUUGUAACGAAAUGGAAGGAAGAAUAUUUGGAAUUAUAAAAGACCCAAAUAAGCAAAAACCAUUCAAAACUAUAGAAUUAGCCAAUCGAUUCCCUAAUUAUUUAGCAACUGUAUGGCAACGGAUAUACACAGACAAUGGAAUUGUACGUGUUGGCAACGUAAUUCAACCCAAAGAACUUUCGUCUGGCUAUAACAAUUUAAAAUAUCACUGCUUGAAAGGUAGCGAUAGAAAAUAUUGGAAUUCCGAUAAAGAUUGGUUUGCUUCUCUUGCUGCAACCCAAUGGCCGAAUUUCAUUCGGGUUUGCUUAUUCAUUGCUACUAAGAUAGCGGAUAAAUUACACUAUGGCGCCGUUUCCAUCUUAGUUAAAGAUUAUGACGGAGCAGAACUUUCCUGCGUAAUAUGUUCUCUAGUUCAAGUAAUAUUAGACGGUGACUGUCGUACAAUUAAAGGAUUUCAAACAUUACUACAAAAGAACUGGGUUGUAGUUGGCUAUCGUUUUAAUGCAAGCCAAGAGAGUCCCUUUUUUGAGCUAUUCUUAAGUUGUAUAUCGCAACUGUUAUAUCAAAAUCCUUUGGCUUUCGAAUUUUCUCCUAAUUACAUAUCGCAUCUUUUGGAUAUAUCACUCUGUGGACUUACCGAAACGUUUUCUUACAACAAUGAAUAUGAACGCUGCAGAUAUAAUUAUGUAAGGAAAGGGGAAGGUAACGUGUCAAAGCGUACUGGUAUUGUUCUCCCUUCAGCUUGGAAUCUCUGUUACUUAAAUUGGAAGGAAGUAUUUAAUGAACGAUAUAUUAUGAAUCAAGUUUUACAAAGAAUUUAUGGUAAAACUAUUGCUAAACCAUUGACCGUUGUUACUGAUAUUUUUGAUAUGAAAAUAUGGCAUAGCUUAUAUCUCCGUAGUUUCGGUAUGCAUGAUGAAGGUAGCAUCAGGAACUACGAGAUUCAGCAUCAAAGUGAGAGAUCAUACAAUGAAUCUAUUUUAUGCUUACUUGAAAAAACUCGAGCGUUGGGCUGUCUUAAGUAUACUAAUGGUAGAAUUAUAGAUGUUAUUGAUUAUAAAAAGCUUUCACAACUCUAUACAUACAAUGAGCAUGUAAGGCAUCGUCAGUACCCAAAAACUUCAGCAUCAGAUGUGCGCAACGUAAGUCAGUCCUUUAGCGGUUUUCCGUCAUCGACCUACAACACCGACGUGUACACAGUAUCGCAUGAUAUACCGAGAGAUCCGUCGAUGCCUUACAUAGCAACAAGAUCGGGUCAAUACAGAACAAAUGAAAGCGCUAUUUAUAGUUCUUCGGCAUCAUUUUGCAAUGAGCAUCCGUUAUCUAAUAAUACCUGGAUAAAUCAAACUCGUUAUCCCGAGAUAGCAAAAUCAAGUGUACGUAAUGUAGAUGCUUAUCCCGAUGUCUCAAUGGCAUCGCCUUAUAAUGGUAGUAGGCACGCAGAUGCAAAAAUCAAGGAAACCGCAAAUACUGGAAAAUAUACAGUAGGUCAGCCUAAAUCGCGAUCAACCAGCUUAAGAAAUGAUUUUUACUUCAGUCAUCAAGAAGAAUAUUCUCCUCGUAAUGAUGGUAACUAUUAUCAACCUGCGGACCAUAAUUAUAAUGAAUACGUGAAUAUGCAAAACUUCGCUAAACAGUACGGGCACUCUCCUAGGAUUGCGUACCAAAAGAUGAAAUCGAACGAAACUAAUUUUUAG